ACUUGGGCUGAGGCUCCCCCGCGGGCGGGCGCAGAGAGACGCGGGAAGCAGGGGCUGGGCGGGGGUCGUGGCGCCGCAGCCAGCGCAGCCAGCCCCAGGGGCCGCCGCCUCCGCUGCCCAGCGCGCUCCGGGGCCGCCGGCCACCUUAGCACCCGCCGCGUCGCAGCUCCGGGACUGGCCCCGGCCGCGACGCCGCCGCGAUGGGCAACGCCGCCGCCGCCAAGAAGGGCAGCGAGCAGGAGAGCGUGAAAGAGUUCCUAGCCAAAGCCAAGGAAGAUUUCCUGAAAAAAUGGGAGACCCCUUCUCAGAACACAGCCCAGUUGGAUCAGUUUGACAGAAUCAAGACCCUUGGCACCGGCUCCUUCGGGCGAGUGAUGCUCGUAAAGCACAAGGAGACCGGGAGCCACUACGCCAUGAAGAUCCUGGACAAGCAGAAGGUGGUUAAGCUGAAGCAGAUUGAGCACACUCUGAAUGAGAAACGCAUCCUGCAGGCGGUCAACUUCCCGUUCCUGGUCAAACUUGAAUUCUCCUUCAAGGUAAGGGCCACAGCCAGGGCUUGA